GUGAGACAGGUCCAACUUCAAUCAUGGGACCGUUGUGAACAAUGAUGUUUCAAGAAGAUCUUUUGUGUCAUGAAAAAACCAGAACAAUAGAAAGAUCACAAUGUGCAACACAACACAGUAAACAAGUGAUAAAGCAAAGUCAUGGUAGAGAUUUUUCUAAGAUCAUCACCUCAUCUACUUCACUAUACCUCUUAUCCUCCCAUUCAUCAUCACAGACAAUGCAAGGGAGUGUCAAGAAAAACACAGUUGAAGUGUUCACUGGAUAUUCCAAGUAAGGUUCUGACCAAACAUAUCUUAUCUGGUCUUGCUGCUACUUUGAUAUUUAUCUCUCCAGUAAAUCAGUCUAUAGCAGCAGAUCUAUCUUCUUCUCAUCAACAAAAUAUAUGCCAGCUUGCUAGUGCUAGUGAAAGUGCAGUGAAUUCACCAUUUGAGAAUGAAUCCAAUGAAAAGAGUGAAAAUCUAAUGAUGAUGAGAGGUAUGACAGCCAAGAAUUUUGACCCUAUCAGAUAUUCAGGAAGAUGGUUUGAAGUUGCUUCGCUCAAACGCGGUUUUGCUGGACAAGGCCAAGAAGACUGUCAUUGCACUCAGGGUGUGUAUACAUUUGAUAGGGAAAAACCAGCUAUCCAAGUUGAUACUUUUUGUGUUCAUGGGAGCCCUAAUGGAUAUAUAACUGGCAUUAGGGGAAGGGUUCAAUGUCUUUCACUAGAAGAUAUGGAGAAAAGUGAGACACCGCUUGAGAUGCAGGAGAUGAUCAGAGAAAAAUGCUUUCUCCGCUUUCCUACAUUGCCAUUCAUUCCCAAGUUGCCUUAUGAUGUCAUUGCUACUGAUUAUGACAAUUUUGCUCUUGUUUCUGGAGCUAAGGACACAGGUUUUGUUCAGAUAUACUCAAGGACACCUAACCCUGGACCUGAAUUUAUAGCGAAAUACAAAACAUACCUUGCAAAUUAUGGAUAUGAUCCAAGCAAAAUUAAAGAUACACCUCAAGAUUGUGAAGUAAUGUCCAAUAGUCAACUGACAGCUAUGAUGUCCAUGUCAGGAAUGCAACAGGCACUAACAAACCAGUUUCCUGAUCUUCAACUCAAGGGCUCUAUUGCAUUUGAUCCACUCACAAGUGUAUUUGACACAUUGAAGAAGCUUGUUGAGCUUUAUUUUAAGUAGUAACUAAUAACUUAAGUAAGCUCAUUUAUGUUUCUUCAUGUUUUGUGAGAAGUUAUAUUAAUAAGGAUUAAAUAUGUUUCUGGAAAACUAUAGGGACAAAAAAAACAUAUUUAACCCUAUUAAUAAUUAUGCAUUCUUGUGUGUAAAAUAAUAUCCUUGAUAUAAGCCUAUUAUAUCAAGUCCUCAAGGUAUCACUUCUCAACAAGUUAUAUUAAUAAAACGUAAAAAAAAAAAAGUUUUAUUAAUAA